AACGUGUGAAGUUCGCGUUGCGAAUACUGGCCGAAUUAUGAUGUGAAAGAUAUUCCGAAGGCCGUGAGUGAACACGGAAAUCGAGAUGUGUGUGUGGUCAAAAAGACAGUGCAAGGUAGGGGUCGGGUGGCGUUUGUGAUGGCAAAAUUUUUGCAAAUGCACGGUCACUGACACUAGCACCUACAAUGGACCAGCAAUUUUGUUUGCGCUGGAACAACCACCCUAACAAUCUGACAGAUGUGCUAGCGAGCCUGCUACAAAGAGAGGCACUCUGCGAUGUCACGCUGGCCUGUGAUGGAGAAACAGUCAAGGCACAUCAAACAAUACUCUCGGCCUGUUCUCCAUAUUUUGAAACUAUAUUCCUGCAAAACUCACAUCCACACCCGAUAAUAUUCCUGAAAGAUGUCAGAUUAUCAGAGAUGAAAUCGUUAUUGGAUUUCAUGUAUAAGGGUGAGGUGAAUGUUGGCCAAAAUAUGCUACCGAUGUUCCUAAAAACUGCUGAAAGUUUACAAGUUAGAGGUUUGACAGAAAAUAAUACAUUGAAUCCUAAGUCCGAGGAGCGUUCAACGCCGUCAGUGAGCGCCGAGAACUUAUCCUCCCGCACGGAGUCGUUCGCGACGCCGCCCGCGGCGCACUGCGCGCCCCCCGCGGCCCUCACCCCGCUGCCCGCGGCGCCGGCGCAGCACCCGCCCCACUUGCCCCCGGAGAAGAGACGCAGGAAGAACUCGGCCGUACCCAGGGACGAGUUCGACCUGUCGUACAGGCACUAUGAGGGGCACCUAAAAGUGAAGGGCGGGUCCACCGGCUCCGGUUCCGAGCCGUCGACGCCGCCGCCGGCGCACACGCCGCGCCUGACGCCGCGCUCGCCGGCGCACACGCCGCACGUGAAGCAGGAGCCGGACGCGUACCCGGCGCCGCCGCAGCCGGCGCACGCGCCGCUCGCCGCGCACGCGCUGCCCCACCACCCCGCGCCGCACCCCCCGCCGCCGUUUGACCAGACCCACCUCACGGGGAUGGCAGUAACGGACAUGGCGACCAUGCUGACCCAGGGCUCGCUGAACAACGAGUGCAACGAGAGCGAGCCCAUGCUUCAACCACACCCGGACCAGACUGACACCAUAGACGGUGAGAAUAACGGCGUUGAUGAGAAUAGUAUACCACAGGAAUCCCUGAAAAAUAAACUAAUGAAUCUCGAUAACAUAGUUAAAUCGUUCAAAAUGGCUCUGAACAAUAAACCGUAUACAGUUCCCGAGUCGUGUUGCGUAUGCGGUAAAUUAGUGAAUAACAUAAAAAAACACAUGAAAUCUCAUAACCCAGAGCAACACAAAUGUCCACUGUGUCCGAUCAUACUCACUCGUGCCGACAAUCUCAAGAGGCAUCUCCGUAUGAAACAUUGUAAUGUCUUACAGUCCAGUAACUUGUCUAAUAUACAAACCCAAUGUUAAUGAAGUAGUUAAUAGUAUAAUUUAGGGUUCAGUGGCUGUUUUGUUAUGCUUAUGAAGAUGAAACGAUUUUGUUGCUUAUGAAAUUGCAAACCUAUUAUGAGAUUAACACGCGGUAGUAAUUUUAGAUAACGUACAAAUUCAUGAAUUUAAUGUCUAAUAGUAGCCAAGCUUCUCUUAUUAACACUAUAACGUUAACUAACAUUCUGCUAAGGUGAUCUAACAAAGUGCGCUUAUCCAUUGGUUCUAACAAAACGUUUUGUAACUAGACAAUAAGGUGUGGUGUGAUUAGUAUUGAUAAAAUUUCAACCUAGACCUAUUGAAAUACUCAUUCUCAUUAUUGAGUAAAAGCGAAGGUCUAAUUUAAUUCUGUUGUGUCUGAAUUGAUUUUAUUAUAAGACUCGCGUCUCGUUAGACGUUCGCUUUUAUUUUAUUAAUAAUAACAACUCUUCCUCUUGAUAAUGUUAAUAAAAAUAUGUAUGUAAGUAAUAUUUAUAAACAGGUACCGAAUCAUGCAUAGAGUUAACGGUAUACUUUGUGAUAUUAGGUAUCUACUAUCAGCUGUAAAUUAAUAUGCAUUAGAUCUCGACUUAUCAGCGUCGAAGGGAACCUUAAGCCCUUAUUUGGUAAGAAGAAAGUUACCACUCGGGAUGGUUAUCAUAUCAUGUUGCUAGGUAAAUAAUAAUUUACUGAAACAUGUUUUAUUUAAUUGGUGUUAUUUAUUUCAAUCAUCCCAUUUAUGGACAAUGAAGACCAGUUAUUUUCUUAUUAAUUUUAACAAGUAAUUUUAGUUUUUACAUAAUAAUAUUUUUAAUUUACUUGCCAUAAUUAGUUUGUUUUAAAAGACGCUGAUCAGUCGACGACUUUGAAACUGCCAUAGAAGAAACCAAAUUACGUGUUAUACAAACGUUAACUAUGAUCUCUUGUUGUUCCUUGUAGUAUGUAAUAAUAAAUUGGCACUAGUUCCGAGCUAGUGUUUAAGACUGAUUUUGCUUAUGUAAUUAAGGAACACUAAUUCUAAUUUAUUCUCAUUUAAUUUUACUUCAACUUAUGAUUUGUAUUGUAAAUUUCUCGUUACUGUGUGUUUGUUGCAAAUAUAUUCCUUUAUUUAUA